AUGGUAUCAAUAUCAUAUCAAUACUUAAUAGGAUAUACAACAGUAAAGAAUAUCAUAUCAGAAACAUGCGAAGAAAUUUGGAAUGUGUUAUGUCCAAUUGUUCUUCCAUCUUCUUAUACAAAUGAAGAUUGGAAACGUAUUGCAGCAGACUUCGAUCGUGAAUGCAAUUUUCCUCACUGCAUCGGCACUAUAGAUGGCAAACAUAUUGUUAUUCAAUGUCCUGCUAAUGCUGGCUCUACAUAUUAUAACUAUAAACACAGCCACAGUAUUAUUUUAAUGGCAGUAUGCGAUGUUAAUAAUAUAUUUACAUUUGUUGAUAUCGGAGCGUAUGGUAGACGCAGCGACGGUGGAGUUUUUAAAGAAUGCCAAUUUGGUAAAAAAUUUGAACGAAAUGAAAUGAAUGUACCUGAUGCAGAGAAUAUUUCAGAAAAUGGUCCGAAAUUGCCAUAUUGUCUUGUCGGAGACGAAGCGUUCCCUUUAAAAGAGUAUUUACUUCAACCAUAUCCAGGAAAAGGCGGACUGACCAAAGAGAAAAAUAUUUUUAACUAUCGUUUAAGCCGUGCCAGGCAAAAAAUUGAAAAUUCGUUUGGUGCUAUUGCCUGUCAAUGGCGAAUACUGAGGAAGCCAAUAAUUGGUAAAGUAGAAACUGUGGAAAAAAUUGUGCAAGCUAUUAUUUGUUUGCACAAUUGGUUACGAAAACAGGAUGUAAACAAAAAUGAAUACAUUCUUAUAAAUAUGAUUGAUCAUUAUGAUUCCAAUGGCUGCUUUUUACCUGGUUCAUGGAGACAGACCCUUGCAAGCGGUUCUGCUUAUCGUGAAAUACAAAAAGCAGGAUCUUAUAUGAGUUCUAGAACAAAUAUGGAAAUACGAGAAAAGUUUUGUAUGUAUUUUAAUAAUGAGGGAUCUGUACCAUGGCAGAAUAAUUAUGUUUAA